CAUACUCCCCUGCCCAGUCACUGUGCACUCACUGUGAACUCGAUUCAUCAGCCUUUGAAACUCGACUCGCAACCAUGGUCAAGGUCUACAUUAUCUUCUACAGCACCUAUGGCCACAUCAAGACUAUGGCUGAGGCCGUGAAGAAGGGUGUGGAGCAGGUGGAGGGCGUGGAGGCCAAGAUUUGGCAGGUGGCCGAGACGCUGCCCGAGGAGGUUCUGGAGAAGAUGCACGCUCCCCCCAAGUCGGACUACCCCAUCAUCACUGCCAAGGAGCUGACCGAGGCCGAUGGCUUCGUGUUCGGCUUCCCCACCCGCUUCGGCAUGAUGGCCGCCCAGAUGAAGUCGUUCUUUGACACCACCGGCCAGCUGUGGCAGGCGGGCGCGCUGCACGGCAAGCCCGCGUCCAUGUUCACUUCCACCGCCAGCCAGGGCGGCGGCCAGGAGACCACCAUCAUGACCGCGGUGACCCAGCUGGCCCACCACGGCAUGAUCUUCGUACCUGCUGGCUUUGCUGCCGGUAGCAUCAUGUUUGGCGUGAAGGAUGCGCGUGGCGGCUCAGCGUGGGGCGCCGGCACCCUGGCCGGCCCCGACGGCUCCCGCCAGCCCGGCGAGGACGAGCUGCAGCAGGCCGAGAUCCUGGGCAAGCAGCUGGCCGGCGUUGCCAAGAAGCUGAAGGCGUAAAGAGACUAGCCGAGCUGUAUUUGCCGGUGAACGGUGAAUCCUCAGCCUUGCGCGCGUUCUAAUUAAGCGUACGUAGUGGCAGCUUCAGGUGGACGCGAGCGAAGGCAUGUAUCAUGUAUGUGAACUCAAUCCAGGCCGACCACGUGCUGGGGUAGGUACUGACGCCAUUUCUGUGAAGCGCGCCUUGAACGGAUAAACGGGCUGAGGCCGUACGGCAGGCGGUGAUUGCAACGGCCGAGAGCCAUGUGCUUCAAUGGGUUAGCUGUCGUGGUUGUCCGUGCAUGCACGCGGUUUUGUGCAACAGUGGCCCAUUGCCACCAGCGUGCUUAGCUCUGACACUGACACGGCGGGCAGGACAGCAGGCAGGGCAUGCAUGCGGCUGGAGAGUCGAGGGAAAUGGACAAUGACAGAGUGGACGGGACAGCAGUGUGUGGCAAUAGGAGAGUGUGAUGGACCGUAGAUUGCGGCAGAGUAGCCAGGAGACACCAAGACGGCGUUGCCGUUGCCGUCAUGUCUGUAACCGCCGCUAAAUGACGGGAUGACUGCCGAUCCAUAUGUGCCACAGGGUCUGCGUCAGGGAAUGCAGCCGAGUGCAUACCGUGCAAUGGUUGCCCGGUGCCGCAGAGCUUGUGAUUGCGACAUACCGCAUAAGAGUAUAUGCAUGCUGAGCUGCUGAUCGGUUGCAGCUGACUGGAUGAGUCUUGCCCGUCUUUCGGCAGUAUGGGACCGUGUACGGGCAGAGUAUCCAUGUAUUGCAGGACGCCGAUUAGGGGGAACGUCGUGGGCUUGCUGCCGAGGUGUCCUACUAGGCGUGCUGGAUGUGCGGCACUUUACCCAUCGUCACGCUACGCUGCCGGUGUCCUGAUCCUCGCACGGUGCGGUGCGUUGUAGCCCUAGACAGCCCUAGACAGGGGCCGCAGCCCAGGGGGGGGUUAGGAAACAAAGUGCCAUCCCCCGUGCCCGAAAUCCCC